UUCACCUGCAUUUUUGACCCCCAAUGAGGAGGGAGAAAUACUGAGGCCCCUGUAUUUGUGACCAUGGAGAGCAGUGACAUAAACCUCCACUUCCUGCCAUCUCUCACCAUUGUAUCCCCAACAUCCAGUACAGUGCCUGGCAUAUAGUUGAUGCUCAAUAAAUAUGUGUUGGAUGGCUAAAUGAAUGAACCAACUCUAUGAGGUAAGUACUACCAUUACCCCCAUCCACAGACAAGGAAACAAAGGCUUUAAGAAGUAGCUGGCUCAAGGUCCCAUAGCCAGUAAAUGGCAAAGGCAGGUUUCAGGUGAGGUCAGACUGUAGAGUCUGUCCUCUUAACCAUUUCUGGUCCUACAUCUAGCGCUGGCCUCAGAGUCUGCUUGUCUUGCUCUCCUGGCAGGCUCUCUGAGGACGGCUCAGCUGGCCCAGGCUGCCCUCCCUGGCAGUUGCCCCCAGAGCUAUGGAGAGUCUGAGUGAACUGCAAAACCCACUGCUGCCUCGGAGCCCUGCCCACCUGCAUGGCCCCUUUCCUUACCCGGAGCCUUCACCCAGCUGGUCCUGCCAGGAGAAGCUCUACUCCUACCUUCUGGGCAGUGCUGGCCCUGCUCAUACCCACCAGCUCCUGGACCCUGGGUCCCUGCAGCUGUCUGUGAAGGCCUGGUACCGGCCCAGCUGCCUCCUGGGGAGGGACAAGGACAAGGAGUCUCAGGUAGUCAGCUGUGAGACCAGCUUCACAGAGGGCAGGGAGUCCCAGGCUGGGCCCACAGAGCGUUCCCCUGAGCCUGGCCAGGCCGAAGAGGAUGUCACCAUCCAGACUGUGUCCUAUGGAGUUCAAGAGGAGCUGCAGGGCCAGGAGGGUGACCUGGAGGAGGAGGAGAGUGAUGCAACUUCGACAGAGAGUGAGAGUGAAGACAACUUCCUCACGCUGCCUCCCAGGGACCACCUGGGGCUCACCAUCUUCUCCAUGCUCUGCUGCUUCUGGCCACUGGGCAUUGCCGCCUUCUACUUCUCCCAGGGGACCAGCAAGGCCAUCUCCAAGGGGGACUUCCGCCUGGCCAGCACCACUUCCCGCCGGGCCCUCUUCCUAGCCACACUCUCCAUCGCCGUGGGGACUGGUCUCUAUGUGGCUGUGGUGGUGGCUCUAGCAGCUUACAUGUCCCAGAAUGGCCAUGGUUAGUGGCUGGGGGCCUGGCAUCCUGAUUCCCCUGCUCCACCUGAGGAGGUACUGGGUCUUGGGGUGCAGACUCAGUGGAGUGCC